GGUGCUGGAAUAAUCCAGAUGAUGGUUUUGUUUUCCUUAUCUUUCAAUAUUUUAUUUCCUUAAUUAGUGGUGGCAGAAAACUAACAUGGUGAGAUUUGAGAAACCACAAUAACCAUUAGCUAAACGAGAGCAGAUUUUCUGUCAGGGCUUUAACAUAUGAACAAGAAGUAGCUACAUGUGGGGGCUCCAUUUGCAUAGCAUGCAGAUUUUCAACUGGUUGUGACAAAAAGAAAAAAACCCUUUCCAUUUGCCACAGAGUGAAGCACAAAGUGUCUGCAAGGAAGGCUGUUCAGGUUUUCUAACUGGGUCAAAAGAAAACGUAGUGAGAAGUGUGCUCCUGUGGAGGCUGAUGGUAAAUGUGCUUGAGGCAGCCACAAAAGAAUGUAACAGAAUCACACAUCCUCUUUCACUGAUCUUCAGACCAUUUUCAAAUCUGAAAUACUUGGGAAAGUAUUUUGAAGUUCUUCUCAACGGUUUACUUGCUGAGAAGCGUACUGCCAAAAUGAAUUGUACAGAUUCAUGCACCUCAGAAUAUCAGUAUUAUUCAGACUACGCUUCUCUAAUCACACAACCUUGUUCUAAACUGGAAGUCAGGAACUUCACAAAAGCAUUUCUACCAGUUGCGUAUUCGUUGAUUUGUAUCAUCGGCUUAGUUGGUAACAUCUUCGUAGUGAUGACCUUUGCUUUAUAUGAAAGAACCAAGUCCAUGACGGAUGUGUACCUCCUCAACAUGGCCAUAGCAGACAUAUUGUUUGUUCUCACUCUUCCACUGUGGGCAGUGAAUUAUGCUACUGAUAAAUGGAUUUUUGGUGAUUUCAUUUGCAAAAUCACCAGAGGUAUCUAUGCAAUCAACUUCAGCUGUGGCAUGUUGCUUCUGGCCUUUAUCAGCGUGGACCGGUACAUUGCUAUUGUACAGGCAACAAAGUCGUUUAAACUCAGGGCAAGAACACUCGCAUACAGUAAACUCAUUUGUUUGGCUGUGUGGGUAUCAUCAAUUUUAAUCUCUACUUCCUCUUUCCUAUACAGUGAAAGUUACAGCUUCUCCAUCAAUGAAACCAAAGAGAUUUGUGAUCAGAAAUUUGAUAGAAUGUCUGAAAGCACAAUGUUGAAAUCACUGCUGUUGUGUCUACAAGUUGGAUUUGGAUUUUUCAUACCUUUCAUAUUCAUGAUUUUUUGUUAUACAGUCAUUGUGAAAUCCUUACAACAAGCUCAGAAUUCCAAGAGAAACAAAGCAAUCCGUGUGAUUAUAUUAAUUGUAGCGGUUUUCCUAGUUUGCCAGGUACCUUAUAAUAUUGUUCUUCUCGUGACAGCCAUAAAUAUGGGCAAGAUAGACAAAUCUUGUGAAAGUGACAAGAUAAUGGCCUAUGCGAAAUACACCACAGAAGCUAUAGCAUUUUUACAUUGUUGCAUGAACCCUGUGCUUUAUGCAUUUAUUGGAGUGAAGUUCAGAAGUUAUUUUGUGAAGAUAAUGAAGGACCUAUAUUGCAUAAGAUACAAGAAAUACUAUAAGCGUGGUUCAAGGACAAACUCUGAUAUUUAUCAUUCAAGACAGACUAGUGAAACUCUCACUGACAAUGGGUCUUCCUUUACUAUGUAAUACGAUUUGAACACCAUUACUACUGAAGGACUCUUCUCACUGAGCAACCCAUACCAGUGUCACUGCUUGUGACUGCAAGUCAUUUGGGCUUCUCUGACCUUUAAGGGAGCUGCCACAAUCUACAGCUCCUCUCAGGAAAAGAAUUACAAUAAAAGAAUAGCACAGUCCUAUGGAAAAUUGAACUCUUAUUCACCUCUCUAACAUUCACUGUCUCCUAAAGUGCAGUCUGUUAGAAUUAUCAGGAAAAUGAAGUUUGCAGAGGAACCCCCCCUUGUUUUCUAAGGAAAAAUUGCAUUUCAUCUGUCCUACAUCACUGAAAUAUCCCCAAAAUACUAAGCAAAUGAAUCAGUCUAUGUCCAAGCUCAUUCUACUUAUGUUUAUGUGGUUUCUGUCAAUUACUUCUGGAAAUCCUAUUUAAGUGUAGAUCUACACUCUGCUUUUGUUGCAGAGAGGUCACACUGUGACAAUACUAAUCUAAAGAGAUGGCAUUUUUAGCAAAGUAUGGCAAGGAAGACAAACAGAAGUGAACGAACAGGUUCAAGGCUGCUGGCGUAGCUGGUCUUAGGUGUUAGGUCUUGUAGACCCAGCACUACACUCCCCCCCCCCUGCUCAUUGGGUCCUGCUUAAACCAAGGCUAAGGCUGGUCAAAGCCAACAGUGUCUACUAGAGAGAAUACUAGGAGAAAAGAAAAUUAUUAAUUAAAAAGAACACUUAAAUAUCCCUAAAAAGGUUUUAUGACAUCUCCUGAGAGUGUCUUAUGAACAGAGAAUGGGGCUUUGCUUGGGAGAUUCUUCUCAUCUUUAGGCACAGGAUUCCAGUUCUGGAAUAGCUGGUAACCUGGUGAAUGUCUCUUUGUGAAAAGUUAUUUCUUUCUAGAUGAAUUUCACACUCCACUUUUUAAAAGGCAGCAAACGGUACAGAACUGCAAGAUUUCCAGCACUUUCUGUUGGAACUUGACUAGUGACAAAGCAUGAUGCAUUUCUUGGUAUUUAGCUGCCAUUAGUGAAGUUUCAUUAGGAAUGGAUUUACUACCAAAAUAUGCAUAUAUAAAAUUUAUGUUACUAGCUUCAGAAAUUAUUAAGAACUAUAUCUAUAAAUAAGAACAGAGUCUGACUUAAUUCGAUCAGAAUUUUUACUGGGUCAGCAUUUGACUCACUAUGAAUAUAGGAAUAUUUAUAAUAAAUGCAAUUAGUUCUACCUAGCCAUGACUUUUCAGCAAAUCCUCAGUGGAUCUUCUGGUCAUUGAGUGAGCUUCACCACACCGUAGCAGUCAUGGUGGGAUGGCAAGAUUGACAGGAGCAGGAACUGGAGGGUAGAGGGGCAGGGUGGAGGAGAGGAGAGGAGUACCACUCUUUGGAGUCUGCUGAACUACCCGCCAGUCCUCCACAGUUUUGCUGCGAUGCGAGCACAAACCAUACGUCUGGGUUUGCUGUUGUGUGGGACAUUGCACUCCUAUGCUGUGUAAAUUAAUGCAAUUUGCAGAUUGCUGUUAAACUUGGUUGUUCUGUUUUAAGUUCAUAGCUGAAGAGCUUGGAUUACUAACCACAUUGUUUAGUGGCAGUCCAAAGGGCCAAGAAGGUCAAUGCUGGAGCUGAACAUUCCUGGAGGAAAGGCAUUGAUAUGGCCAAAACUAGCACUGCCUUGGCUGGUGCAAUCCAUCCUUUUUUACAGUGCAGUGUGAGGUUUUUAAAUAUCAGCACCAGGUGUGAUAAAGAUUGCAUAUAUUUAUCAUGACUGAAUAGCAACUUCUGCACUAAUAUGAUACAAAAUCAUGUAAAUGCAGAUGCAUGCAUUUGUUGUAUGUAGCACUGAUGAUAUUCUGGAAGAGAAUUCAAUCAAUAAACCAUGUUACUGAAAAGGAAAACAUGCCUUUAGAUCUAAGAGUUUCUUGCUAAGGUAUUGCUUUGAAAACAUUCUCUCGUUCAGUGCAAUUUCACUCAUAUCUAAACAGCAUAGCUCUCUCCCUCAGAGGCUUCAUGAAAGAGUGUGCCCUAGGGUAGGAAGUUGAUGACUGAAGCCCAGUGAACGCUAUGGUGGCUCUUGGGCAGAGCCCUGCAAGGCUCCAAAGCAUAUGCCCACCCUCCUGCUGGCCCUGCUGCCAUGCCUGCAUUGGCCUUUAACCACUGAACAAUCCAAACACUGAACAAGUGGCUGCUGGGGUGGAGCUGGGGAAUGA